GCAAUAACGGUUGUGAAAAAUGACAAUUAAAAAAGUGAGGUUAGGUUGGGUUGAAUGGAUAUUUCGUAUCUUGUGAGUUUACUUUUUGUGGUUGUUUCUAAUAUGAAAGAAAAUCUUCGAGGAUACACUGAUGUGGUUAGGUUGGGUUAAAAAAGUACUUCGAAAACGUUGGCCGAAUUACUUUUUGUGGCUGUUUCAAGCGAGAUCGCUUCUUAUGGAUCGCUAAUAUGAAAGAAAAUCUUCGUGGACGCACUGAAUAUUGCGUUGAAUUCGAAGUUUUAAAAGCUUCAAAAGCUUGUAGAAAAGAAGAAACGUUUAACGCGCUCAAAGAAGGUGAAAGGAUUUGUGUUAAAUGCGAAUCGGAAGCUCUACAUAAAUCUUUAGGAUGGAGAUGUCAAGGUCAUGGAGUUUCGGGACGAAUCACGCGGUGGUCCGCGUUUUCGGCGCCUCAUUGCCACGGAAAAUGGUUGAGAGCGCAACCGGAAGGCGAUAAAAUGUGCGUGGAAAAGAACUGCACCGGAAACACGACGUUUAUAUUCGUUUAAACGACGGAAAGAAAGAAAUGAGGAAUCAAUGACCAAGAAAUGAAAAGGUUUUUAAUUUUUUUUUUAAUACUUUAAAAA